CGCCGCCCGGCUGCUCGGAGGCCGCCGUCACCGACCGACCGACCGACCGACCGACGCGACGGAGGGACGCGGCGCCCACAGGCACGGCCGGCCGGAACUGAGCACUGAGGGAAGAUCCGGCGGCGGCGGACGGCAGACGGUCCGCCAUGGAGAAGGUCUCGGAGAAGACGGGCGGCAGUCAGACGAUCCGCAUCCCGGGCGACAUCCCGGCACCGAGCGGCGGCAAGUUCCGCCAGUGGGUGCGAGAGAACCUGCUGCUGGUGCUGACCGUGCUCGGGGUGUUCAGUGGCUCGGCUAUCGGCCUGCUGGCCAGACAGACCGAAUACUCGGACGAGGUGGUGCUGCUCGUCGGGUUCCCCGGCGAGCUGCUGCUGCGCAGCCUCAAGAUGCUCAUCCUGCCGCUCAUCAUAUCGUCGCUGGUCUCAGGACUGGCGUGUCUGGACGCCGGCGCCUCGGGCAAGAUGGGCUCGCGGGCGCUGCUCUACUAUUUUUCCACGACCAUCAUGGCGGCGAUACUGGGCAUCACCGUGGUGGUGGUCAUCCACCCGGGCGACCCGAGCAGCUCUGGUAGCCAGCAGGAGCAGAAUGCCUCCGGUGACUCCGGGGACGGCGACAACAACGUCAUGGACGCCCUGCUCGACAUCAUCAGGAACAUGUUCCCAGACAAUUUGAUAACAGCCUGCUUCCAAUCAGUGAAGACAGAAGCAAAAUUGGUGAAUAAGACAAUCGGUGAGGGCGCCGAUCAGCGGCAGGUGACCAAGGUGCAGCGGGACCUCGUGGUCUCGGACGGCACUAACGUCAUGGGUCUGAUCAUCUUCUGCGUGGGCUUCGGCCUGAUCGCCGGCCAGAUGGGCCCCCAGGGCAAGCUGAUGGUGGACUUUUUCCUCAUCCUGAACGAGAUCACUAUGAAGAUGGUCUGCAUCAUCAUGUGGUACUCGCCAUUCGGCAUCUGCUGUCUGGUGGCCGGUAACCUAAUGGCCAUCGAUAACCUGGCCGAUACGGCGCGCAGCCUGGGCAUGUACAUGGCCACGGUGGUCACCGGGCUGCUCAUACACGCCACCGUCUCACUGCCCAUGGUCUACUUCUGUGUCACGCGCAAAAAUCCGUUCAAGUUCUGCAAGGGUAUCGUUCAGGCAUGGGCUCUGGCUCUGGGCACUGCCUCCAGCUCUGCCGCUCUGCCCAUCACCUUCCAGUGCCUGGAAGUCAACAACGGACUGGACAAACGCGUCACCAGAUUUGUUCUGCCGGUCGGUGCUACAGUCAACAUGGACGGCACAGCACUGUACGAAGCCGUCGCAUCCAUUUUCAUCGCACAGAAGAACAACAUGAACCUCAGCAUCGGCGGCCUCAUCACCGUUAGCCUGACGGCCACGCUGGCCUCGAUCGGCGCUGCCUCGAUCCCGUCAGCGGCGCUGGUCACCAUGCUGCUCAUCCUGCAGGCGCUGGGACUGCCCACUCACGACGUGGCCCUCAUAUUCACCGUCGAUUGGCUCCUGGACCGUAUGCGGACGUCCAUCAACGUGCUGGGCGACGCGUACGGCGCCGGGAUCGUGCAGCACCUGUGCCGGGACGAGCUGGCUCGUAUGGACGCCGAGGCGGAGCGGCGCGACCGCGAGAUGGCCGAGAUGCUGCGCAGCGGCAGCGUGGCACUGAGCGGCGGCGGCCGCGGCUCGCUGCUGCCCCGCGGCUCCAUCUGCCCCUCAGUGGCGCCCAGCGGAGCCAUGCUGCCGCUGCGGCCGACCGGCGCCCUCUCGCCGGCCGAGGACCGGCCGCCGCCCCCCGCCCCCGGCGCCGCCGCCGCCAGGAACAGCUGGUUCGAGAAGCGUAUCCCCAACUCCGAGACACAGAUUUGAGGGGUGACGGCGGCCAUCAAGGGAGGAGAUGUUCCCUCACAGCUGACGGAAACUGCGGACAUCGAUGGAUUCGCCCACAGCGAUUGGCCAGGUGGGCUUAAUACUGCAGAGCUGAUGAGAGUUUAUGUCGCAGUACAGGCCGGUGCUUCGACAAAUAACACUGUGGUCCUGGGGCAGACUGACUGUCCGUUGUGUCUACAAACGUCGAGGCACACUGGGAGAUCAGUGUGAUUGUACGGCAUGAAAGGGGGAUGUGAGGAUGGUUGUCAGAGCGGUAGACGUAUUUUGUUCAUGAAGAGGGUCCGUAGACAUUUUCCGCACAUUCCACAGACAGGGUUAGAGACGUGUGGUACAAACAGAUAGAUAUAUCGUUCAUUGGUUACCGUUUAUUCCUAACUCGGCGCAGUCCGACGCGUGUGACUGUGUACGCAUGUGGAUGUCCAUAUGUCUGUGUUUACUUGGUGGUUUAUGAGUGUUGGGAUGGGCUAAUCCUAGCACAGCCCUGCCCUCAUAUCUGUGAGAUGUUGGCAACUCUUGACGUCUGGGUCGGGCCGGGGCGGGGCGGGGAGGCACCAGACCUGCUGGCCCGUCAGGCUGCUGGCCGCCUCAGUAGAUGGCAGCACCGGUAGGCCGCGGGCCGCAACAUCCACACAGGGACUUCCACAAGGCUUGCUGAUGUCUGGACGGGCCGGCGGGCCGCCUGCGGUCGCCGGCCCUCCGCUGUAGCCUAGAGCUCGGCCGGGUCGGCCCGGCCGGCUGGUGGGCGGCUCUCCCCGCUCGCUGCCGCUCCGGGCCGCCGGCUGAGCACGCUCUCUGUUAGCUAAGUCCUCCUCCCGUCUUGCUGGUCGGUUGUUGAAGGCAGGUCAGACGCGCCGCCGCCGCAGGGUGCAGCGCAGACCGCUUCGGCGUCGUGCUGGGCAGCUCUAUAUUCUUCUCUUCUUUCUCUCUUAUCUGUCCUAUCUUCCUCACCUCGCACUGUUUCUCUCCCUCCAUCUCUCACGCUCCCCUCUCUCUCCUUCGCACGGUCGAUGUUAUUGCAUGCUCUGAGGCAGGUCUGUUCUCGCAGUACGUGUGAUCAGAUCAGUCGUCUAGUGUGAUUCAGUGUUGUGGACCUGGCUGAAUGUCUGUUUGUCUGCCUGCUGUUACGUACAGCAGACAUAUUUGUCCCACAGGACGGUGUUGUGGAAAUCGUACAUGUGAAUUGUGAUUGCUGAUCCAACUCGUCGCAGAAAUCUCGUCGAUCGCCCUCAGCCAACCUGGCUGGGGCGUUUUUAUAGUGUUUACUGUUGACCUUUUGUAGCUGUUUUAUAGGACGGGCUGCUACUGGAUUUACAGCCCGCCGAUAGCCAAAAGUAGGGUGCACGUCUCGGAUGGAGAGCUGUGCCUUGUCCGUAGGUCUUAUGGUGAAAAUUGUUAUUAUUUUUCUGGUCGGCUAUUGGUUUUGACGGCAUUAUUAAAACCUGAAUCCGUACAUUUCAGUAUAGCCCUUGGUUUCGCGUCUGGUUUUCCUUGAAACUUCAUUCAAUCUUUCUGAUUUUUUAAACGAUUAUGUUAGUAAUAUUUAAUUGUUAUACUUGUUGUUCCGUGGUGUAGCGUUGAUAUACACGUUGAUAGUUUUCAUAAUAAUGAGAAUUUAAGGUUAAAAACUGUUUUCCUAAUUAAUUUAAGCGUAUUUUAUUGUGAUUUUCUUGUUUACUAAAUAGCUUCUCGUAUGACAUGUUAAAGAAAAGUUGUCUUUUAUAUGUGUGUCAAUAUUAUUUUAAUACUUUUUUAAGGAUUCGAUCUUUAUUUAAAAGAUUUAUCGUAGGCCUAUUUUUAUGCUGUAAAAUAAUCAAAUCCCGUUGACAAUAUUAUGGUUAGGUACCUGGUAAAACUUUGGCGAUGACAUGUAGUCUUUCCCUUUGAAGAGUCUCCUUUUAUAUGAACGCAUUACCGUUUAAAGGCACAGAGCCAUGAUGACAGUGACUCGAGCAAAAUGCCUGACCUUAUAUUGUACAUAUUUACCUUUCACUUUCUGAGAGGGAUAGACGUGCAAGGAAAUUGUUGAUUGGAGAACAUAUCGAUUGAACUUGAUACCGACCGUCUAAAAUAUCCUGUUCUGCGCAACUCGGUCCGACUUUGAGUUAUCACCUUUAACCUUACCUUUGCUAGGUAAGGGGCUCAUAUCAGAUACAGUAUCGAAUGUACGUAACGACACAUAUCGGUAUGGACGCGUGACAUCUUGUUUCCAUUGUAGUAUUUUUAUAAUAUGCCUUCCAUUCGUCGAUGUACUACAUAUUUUAUGUUUACAACAUGGCUUUGAAGUGCUAACUAGUUUCUGUUUCAUUCUUACCUAUCAAAUAAUCAUAAUUUUGCGUGAUCGAGGGUUGGAACUCAAAGGAAAUAACUCACAUUUGCAUAAGUAAAUAUUUAUUCCAUCUAAAUAACUCAAUCAUUUUGUGACGAGGUUAAUCGUUUGUUUUAAAUCUGAGACCUAUGAACGACUGCUAUAAUUAAGAAAUAAACGUUUGCGAAACAACUUUCGCCGUUAGGCAUUUUCUUUAAAACGUUAAUUGUUUGGUGUUUGUGGUUGUAAAAACUCCGCAUUAAAUUGUCUCAAUCUUGGCAUUUGUUCGUUUUUCACCUUUUGGUGAUCACUAAAAUAUCUAACCAAGUGCGCGGAUAGCCUCGUAUUCGAGGCUCUUUCUAUGUGCAUAUGUGCUUGCUGUACAUGCUUACCUGUGCGCCAGUUCAUCGCGCCGCGAGGUCACUUUGUGUCCGCUCUCCACCUGUCCCUCUGUUUCCCUUGUCUUUGAUGUACGUUGACCGUCUGUAUAUGUACAUAUAGUGUGUGUCCGUCGGCCCGCGCGGCCGGGGCCGCCGCCGUUCGCUAUCCUAGUUGUGUAGUCAGCAAUAGAGUGUCGGGCACGGCGGACCGCCGCUCGCCGGUUGCCCAGUAGAUGAGUGUCGUCCGCCGCCCGCGCAGAGCACAUCGCACCGCACGCAGCACGCACACGUCGCGUACCAGCACCAGCACCAGCACCAGCACCAGCACCUGCACCAGCACCAGCGUCCGCCCUCUGAGAGCGCGCACCACGGCCGGUGCCGACGCCUCUUACGGCAGACGCCGCGCCGGCUAGUCAUGCAUGUAUGUAGGUUUGUCGUUUUCAAUACCUCGAUCAGCACCGAGGUAAUCUUGUCAUCUUAUGAAGUAGGAUUUCCCACGCACGUCGCACAGUUGUUACAUGGAUUUAAUGUGCGGCACUUGACUGAAAGGACAUGCCAUUGUACGCACAAUGCACAUAAAUCAUGAUCACUGUUAUUGAGUGCAUACUGUCGUACCAUGUUUGAAGCUCCGUGAGGUUAGGACACAGGUGAAAAUUUUUUAAGUGAACCGAAACUAUAACUGUGCAGCUAAAUUCUCUCAUUCUCUCCACGAAAGAACGGGUGCAGGGAUAUCUAUGUUGUAACAACACCCUACAGUCAAGCACGGUGUUCCACCUUCCAAAGUGUCAUUUUGAGGCCCAGUCGGUCAGCCCUUUUAUUUCGGUAAAGUUUAAAGGCACCUCCAGGAUGGAUUGUGGAGGAGCUUUUCAACAUGAUGCUGCACAGUGUACCUACCGUUUUGUCAUGUUUAAUGUACAUACAGCAUAUUGGGAGUGUCAAGUGAUUAUUAUGUGUUGCACUGCACCUUGCACGAACGAAGUGUGAAAUGAAGUCUGCUUGUGAGAGAGAAAGCUGAUCGAAAAUUGGCUGGCUAGCUUAUCAUGGACUGUUAGGCUAUUGUAUCCAAAUUGCUGUAUAAAAAUAAGCGUCAGGCUGCUGCGAAAUCUAACCCAAUAUUUGCGCAACGUGGGUGUCGUUGGUAACGUGAAAUUGGAUGUCAAGCGCCACGUCGACUUUACGAAAGAGUAACGUGUCCUGCACCAUACACAUCAACAUGGAUGAAAUGUCAAGCGAUGGGUGUUGUGUGCACAAAUAUGCGUGCACCGCUGUUUGUGCGCAGUACAUGGGCGUUAGUUGAGCGAAGCUAGCUGCACAAACCGGAUGUGCUCUAUGCUGCAGUCUCUCCACAGGGCGCUGCGUCGCCCCGGCUGUACGGAGCCGGGACCAGCUCCGCGCGGAGCCGGUCCCAGCUCCGUAGGCCGCGGCUCGCAGCGUCGCGAUCCUCUCUCGUCGUUUGGCUGUUGAGACCGCCGUGGCUGCUGUAGCCGGCGUUGGUAGUGUAGCCGGUAGCCGGUGGUGUCCUGUGUCGAGCGGUAGCGGCAGAGGGCUCGCCCUAUUGCCGGCCGUUCUGUAGGUGUAGCGGAACUGUCGUCGGACGCCCGCCCCUGUCCGUCAGUCCCUUUGUGUGGAGUUGUCGGCACUCCGGUCCCGUCGAGCGACCGACUAGUUCAGCGUGGUGUGUCUGUGUGCAUAUCAAAUUUAGCCGGCUGGCUGUUAGAAAUCGGGCAGCGGAACCCACCAGUCGCACUUUCCUCGAGAAAUGACAAUAGUUGUCCGCGUGGGGUUCUAGUCGCCAGGCUUCGCGAGUUGUUUUCGUCGUUUUAUGCGUGAUACUUUGCUGUCAUAAUUGUCACCACACACAAUACCUGGGUUACUAGACUGGUAUAUGUGUACUUUGGACUAAAGUGAUAAUACAUGUCUGAGUUGGA